GUCACACUGCUGCCGAACGUACAUAAACAAGGCCGAAAUUCGAUUGUAAACCAUUUUCAUACACUCAGCGCCAGUUAAAUAAAUCGCAGGGAAUAAACUUUAAGAUGUCGGCGAUUUCGGGACGUGCACUUCACUAUGUUUUCAAAAUCGGAGAUCGAGCUAAAAAUGCAUUUUUCUUUCGCCAAAUCUUGGGAAUGAAGGUGUUGCGGCAUGAGGAAUUCAAGGAGGGCUGCGAUGCCGCCUGCAAUGGGCCCUACGACAAUCGUUGGAGCAAAACUAUGGUCGGAUAUGGACCCGAAAGCUCGCAUUUCGUUAUUGAACUUACCUAUAAUUAUGGUGUUAGCAGCUACGAAAUGGGAAAUGACUUUGGCGGCGUGACCAUACAUUCCAAGGAUAUCCUUUCCCGGGCCGCCGAGCACUCGUAUCCUGUGACUAAGGUUGCUGGAAAAGCAGGUAGCCUGCUCACCUCCCCCGAUGGCUAUAAGUUCUUCGUGAUCGAUGAGGCGUCCGCUAGUGCCGAUCCUGUUAAAUCGGUUGAGUUGAAUGUGAGCAAUCUGGAGAACUCGAGGAAGUAUUGGCAUGACUUGCUGAAGCUGCAAGUUCUUGAGGAGAGCAAGGAGAGCCUGCGAUUGAGUUACGGCGAAAAGCAGGCUUCCCUGCAGGUCACCCAGAUCGCAGAGCCGAUAAACCGCGCCAAGGCCUACGGGCGUAUUGCCUUUGCCAUUCCAUCGGCCCAGCAGCCGCCGCUCCACGAGGCGGUGAAGGCAGCCGGCGGAGCCAUCCUUACCCCACUGAUCACGCUGGAUACGCCGGGAAAGGCCACCGUUUCGGUGGUGAUCCUUGGCGAUCCCGAUGGCCAUGAGAUCUGCUUCGUCGACGAGGAGGGAUUCGGCCAGUUGUCGCAGGUGGAGCCCGAUGGCGAACAGCGGCUGGACAAGUACAUCGCAAAGGAUCCCUUCCAGCAGAAGUGAUCCGCCCAACGAUCCUGAGCACUGAUAUUUGUACACACCACUUUGUAUUUGGAAUUCGUUUUGCUGUUACGGUUAUUGGUUGAAUUUACGGGCGAUAUUGUUACUGCACAUUUUGUAUGUUUUAUAUUGUAUCACACAUCUGUUGUUGCUGAUUUUGUAAAAUUCACAUGGUGAAUGAAAACAGGGCCUUAAAAUACUUACAUUUUGAUUACAUAAACUGUCGAUAAACCAA